AUUUCGAUUAUUGCUGCAAUGAACAAAUCUAUCGCAUGAAGUUGUCCCGGAUGUUUCGGAUAUACAACAUUCGUAUCUACGUAUAUUCAUGCAUUAUGAUUGUAGAGAAAAGUGGGAGAAGGGCGACGUCGCAAAACAGCUGAUUUGACAGCAUUCCACAGCUGUCAUGACGUAUAUCUAAAAAGUCCCUAAAAAAAUCUAGAUUCCGGAAGUGCGUAAAAAUUAAUGAACAUUGGUAAUCGAAUGUGGUUUGAAUUAGCGCGAUACCGUUUCUUGUUAGUGAGUGACAUGGCCAACGAUCUGAAGUUGGCGUCAGUAGCUGAUUUUUACACGCUUCUGCGCUGAGAGACGUGAGAGUACGUUUCCAUGUGGGUUGAUGACGUUACUUCGAGACGCAACGUGUAAUAUAUGUAACAUAUAAUCACAUUGCGUGUUUUGAUGCGACAGUUGGUGAUAGGCAGCCGCAGGUUGAGUGUACUGCCGCGUGCGAUCCUUGCUCUAGGGCGGAGAACAAUUGAUAAGCCAAGACAUUUGGAAGACCAGCGGAGAUCAGCCAGCAACUUCUUUUUACAGAAGGAUUUAUUGAAACGAAUAAACAUUAUCCAUUCACGAUGAAGAAAAAGGUACUAUUAAUGGGCAAGAGUGGGUCUGGAAAAACGAGUAUGCGCAGUAUUAUUUUUGCCAAUUAUAUUGCUCGCGAUACCCAUCGUCUAGGAGCAACGAUUGACGUAGAACACUCCCAUGUUCGUUUUCUCGGCAAUUUGGUUUUGAAUUUGUGGGAUUGCGGAGGACAGGAGGCAUUCAUGGAGAAUUAUUUUGCAUCGCAACGUGAUAACAUAUUUAGAAAUGUAGAGGUGUUGAUUUAUGUCUUUGAUGUGGAAUCGAGAGAGCUGGACAAAGAUAUGCAUUAUUAUCAGAGCUGUUUAGAAGCAAUACUGCAGAAUAGCCCAGAGGCGAAGAUAUUUUGCCUAGUUCAUAAAAUGGAUCUUGUGCAAGAGGACCAACGCGAUUAUAUAUUCAGGGAAACUUGCUUCAGAACUAGCAUAUGGGAUGAAACUUUAUACAGAGCAUGGUCAUCCAUUGUAUAUAUGCUGAUUCCCAAUGUGAAGGAACUUGAACAAAGCUUGAACCAGUUUGCUAAUAUUAUUGACGCAGAUGAAGUGCUUUUGUUUGAAAGAGCGACCUUUCUAGUAAUAAGUCAUUGUCAACGGCAGUUUCACAGAGACGUUCAUCGAUUUGAAAAAGUUUCCAACAUAAUAAAGCAAUUCAAAUUGAGUUGUAGUAAGUUAGCGGCACAAUUUCAAAGUAUGGAAGUUAGAAAUACCAAUUUUGCGGCCUUUAUCGACAUAUUUACCUCAAAUACAUACGUCAUGGUUAUCAUGUCCGAUCCAACUAUACCAUCCGCAGCGACGUUAAUCAACAUACGCAACGCGCGAAAGCAUUUUGAAAAGUUGGAACGUGCCAGUCAGAGUUCGGCGUUGACUAGAUAGAAGUCGGCGCGACCCAGGCGCCUUGUCACCCGGGUCCAUCCUAUUAAUAAUUGCUGAAUUUCUGGAAUCGCGUAUCUUAUUAGAUAAUGCGCCAUUGCGGAGAUACGAUUGUUGAGAUCGGGUUACUUCAAUGUAUGGCUUCUUCAAUGUGAGCGUUUAUGACAAAAUAAGUAUAUACUCGACGUAUCCGAAAGAGGCUGACGAUUAUCACUGUACUUCAGGCCAUAUAUUAGGAUUCUAUUGAUAUGAAUUCAUCUCACAUGUUACACGCGGAUAUGAUACAUCUUUCAUAAUGCAUCUGCCAUUUAUCGACGUAAAAUAGUUUCCAUAUUCACGAUUCUCUUGCAUUAAGAAUUAUUUUUUAUUCUUCAAUUCAAUAAUCAUUUAUGAUUCGAAACAUGUCUCAUUAGCAUCUAACGAAUGUUAAUUAAUUAAUAAUUAAUUAUAAUUAAUCAUACAACUAUAUGUUUGUUCUAUAUCUGCAUGAUAUUAUGAUAUAACAAUGCAAGACUGAGUAUCCAUUUAAGAGCUUCUAUUCUCGUAAUUGAAUCACGACAAUAGAAAAGUUCUGAAAAUAAUCGAUGUAUAAUCGCGAUAUAUUUUAAUUAUGUGUUCACUGAUUGAUUUCCUUAUUGAAGAUCGUCCUCAAACAUAAAAAGAACUUUUAAGUGGAUGUGCAAUCUAUGCUGCAUCGGAAUAUCAUAUUGUAAAAGAUAAACACUUAACGUCAAUUUGGUAAGAAAAAAAUUUACAAUGUGUUUAUAUGUUUACAAUCCUCAAAGAUAUAACAAUUUAAAACUAGGAUGUAUUUUUUAAAUAUGCAAAUAAAUUAUAACUACAA